CAUACUCCUUGCAGCCUCUGUGGGCCCAACAGAGGAGUCUAGCCUUGUGGCUAUGGGAGAGAAGGGUCGCCUGAGCCGGGUGCUGUUGGAAUGCAGUCUCAGUGACAAGCUGUGUGUUGUUCAAGAGAAGCAGUAUGAAGUAAUCAUUGUUCCGGCUCUCCUGGUUGGCAGCUUCCUCAUCCUUCUUGCAAUCAUCCUGUGGCUUUUUAUCAGAGGACAGAGAUCCCAAAGGCAGCACCCUGGACCCCGAGGCACCACCUCUGUACCUGCAUCUAGGGGCCGGAGCCAGGAAGCAGUGGGACAUGGAGAAAAGGUGUUCGUGCCUCUUAAGGAAACGUCAGUGGAGAGCUUUCUACGAGCAGUUACACCUUCCCUGGCUAAGCUACAGGUGCCCAGGGAACAACUCUUGGAGGUCCUGGAGCAGAUCCACAGUGGUAGUUGUGGAACCCUCUAUCAUGCAAAAAUGACCACCAUGGAGCACCCUAAUCAAAAAAGCGUUGUCCUCAAGGCUCUGGAAGGCCCAGUUGGACUCCAGGAGGUCCAGGAUUUUAUAGGGCGAAUCCAAUUCUAUCAGUACCUGGGGAAACAUAAGAACCUGGUACAGCUGGAAGGCUGCUGUACAGAAAGGCUGCCACUCUACAUGAUGCUGGAGGAUGUGGUCCCAGGGGAUCUGCUCAGCUUUCUUUGGACCUGUCGCAGGGACGUGAUGACCAUGGAUGGCCUGCUCUACGAUCUCACAGAAAAACAAAUAUAUCACAUUGGAAAGCAGGUCCUUUUGGCCCUGGAAUUCCUGCAGGAGAAACAUCUAUUUCAUGGGGAUGUGGCCGCCAGGAAUAUCCUGAUCCAGAGUGACCUGACUCCCAAACUUUGUCAUCUGGGCUUGGCAUAUGAAGUUCAUACCCACGGGGCCAUCUCCUCUGCUCGCUCCAGCACCAUCCCUCUCAAGUGGCUCGCUCCAGAACGGCUUCUCCUGAGACCUGCAAGCAUCAGGGGAGAUGUUUGGUCCUUUGGGAUCCUGCUUUAUGAGAUGGUGACUCUAGGGGCACCUCCAUACCCUGAAGUCCCUCCCACCAGCAUCCUACAGUAUCUUCAGAGAAAGAAAAUCAUGAAGAGACCCAGCAGCUGCACACAUGCCAUGUACAACAUCAUGAAGUACUGUUGGCGCUGGAGUGAGGACAGCCGUCCCUUACCUGGUGAGCUGCGCCUGCGCCUGGAAGCUGCCUCUAGAACCGCCAAUGACAAGGCUGUGUUGCAAGUGCCAGAGUUAGUGGUGCCUGAUCUGUAUGCAGAUGUGGCUGGCAUCAGUACAGAGAGCCUUUCCAAUAGCUACAGUGUCCUUUGAAGCUGGUUCCAGA